CAUAGUUAGGAGGGAAUAUAUCUGUGUAGCCACACCCUUACCUGUGUGCUGGCUGCACCUAGUUUUCUUUGUGCACACUGAGAGACUGCAGAGGCAGGGGAUAGGGUUUCAAUAGUGGGGCAAUGGUCAGAAAGAAAAUGUUUUAGUUCUUCUGCACAAAUUUCUCACUGAGAAUGACAGAACAGGAAACAUGAAAAACACAGGACCAGAAGAAGGAGGUAGAGAAGGGGGAGGAGGCGACAACACAGACAAUACCUGUGAAAACAAGAAGAGCCAGAGUUGGAUCCCCAAAACCAUCAAAAAAAGAGUGUGCAGCACCUUUGUAGAAGAUUCUGUCAGUAAUGGUGCAUUGUGUCAGUGUGGGGCUGCGAGAAAUGACCAUGCCUCUGUGGCUCUUGGAGACUAUUUCAGCACUGCAAUUGUGAACCACUGGGAAAGCGUGCAGCACUCCUCUGAACAACCAACUGAUGCAUUUGGAGAGGUGCAAUUUGCAGGGGCCAGCAAGAGGCACAGCCAUUUUCUGCGUCUGUCAUGGAGCACUGAGCCUUUUUUUGUGUACAACAUAUUGACAACCCAUUGGGCUCUUCCUCCACCCAACCUGGUUGUUUCUGUUGUGGGUGGAAAUAGCAGGACACAGAUAAAGACCUGGGUACGGGAGAUCCUCAGACAGGGACUGGUGAAAGCGUCACAAAGAACAGGUGCAUGGAUAUUAACUACAGGUCUGCGCGAAAGGCUUGGUCGGUGUGUUGGACAGGCAGUGAGAGAUCAUGCAGCUGCGGCAUCUUCAGUCUCUCUCAAUAAGGUGGUAGCGUUGGGGAUUGCUCCGUGGGGCGUAGUGGAAAAACGAGAGCAGCUGGUCAACCCUCAGGGAAGCUUUCCUGCAAGGUACUAUGUCCAAAACAUAUCACAGGACUCCUGCUCACUGGACAACAACUACCAGGCCUUCCUGCUGGUGGAUGAUGGGAGUGUGGGCCGCAGAGGAGGAGAGAUGAGUUUCAGAGCCAGACUGGAGGAAUACAUUUCCCACCAGCGCACAGGCAUAUUAGGAAGUGGCAGCAUUGACAUCCCUGUUGUUUGUAUGCUGAUAUCAGGGGAUGCAGACAUGCUAAAGAGAAUGGAUCUCUCUCUGAAAAACUCCAUCCCCUGGCUGGUUCUGGCUGGCUCAGGAGGCUUGGCUGAUUUCCUGAGUGAUAUCUUGGAGAACCUGUCUUCAGCUCCAGCUGUGCCGUCCUCUGGUGAAGGCAACAGUGAGGCGGGUCCCAGCGUGGAUCUUAAAGACAGAGUGGCAGAACGGUUUAAGAAGCAUUUUCCUUCGGAAGUACAAACCGACAAACUAGUGGAACAGGCUUUUAGAAUUUACCAGAAUAGAGGUUUGAUUACGGUGUACCACGGAGAGCAUGAGAGUCCAAAUGACUUUGACACUGUCCUGCUUAAAACACUUGUGGGAGCAAGUAAGCAGCGCGCAUUAGUUGAGGCAAACCCUUAUAGUGAUGAGCUGAAGUUAGCAGUAACGUGGAAUAGGGUUGACAUUGCCAAGAGUGAACUCUUCAAUGGCGACAUCCAGUGGAAGUACGAAGAUUUGGAAGACUCAAUGACAGAUGCGCUGAUCAAUGACAAGCCCCAGUUUGUUCGGCUUUUCACUGAAAAUGGUUUGAACAUUGUGGACUACUUAACCUAUGGAAAGCUGGAAAGCCUCUAUUGCUCUGUGCCAGAUGGGAGCUUACUAUAUCAGCUGCUACAGCGCUGCCUAGCAGAGCGGCUGGCAAUGGCGGAGCGUCACUCACCAUCAGAACAACAGAAUUCAUCCUCAAAAGUGGCAGCAGAUAACAAUCAGAGCAGACCAAGGAGGGAGUUUACCCUGUUUGAGGUGUCAGGGGUCCUGAAACACUUAAUGGGUGAUGCCUGCCAGCCUUUCUACUAUAAAGCUUUAGGCUUACAGUCAUCUUCAUUCAAAAGGACAGCCAUGAAGCGUGCCACUAAGGUUCUGCAUGGAGGUUCCAAAUAUCACCAGCAGCGUUGCCCCCAUCCCUGGGCUUCACUCUUCCUCUGGGCUGUACUGCAGAACCGCAGUGAGAUGGCCCUUUUCUUCUGGGAGAUGGCAGGUGAGGCAGUCCUGAGUGCUCUUGGUGGCUGUAAGAUACUCAGAGAACUGUCCAAACGGGAGGAUGAGACUGAAACCAAACUCUCCAUGAAAGAACUGGCCCAGAAGUUUGAGAACCUGGCUCAUGAUAUUUUCAGCUCUUGCUAUCGCAGUGAUGAAAACCGCUCUUUCAGCCUGCUGAUUAGAAAGUCUCCUGUCUGGGGUCACAGCACCUGUCUUCAGAUGGGUGUGAGCUCUGAUGCUCGGCGUUUCUUCAGUAAUGAUGGUGUACAGUCUCUGUUGUCCCAGAUCUGGUGGGGUGAUAUGAAGAGGAACACAGAGGUCUGGAAGCUUCUGCUCGUGUUCUUCUGCCCCAUCCUCUGCUACACCAACCUCAUCUCUUUCAGGAAUCAAUACGAUCAGCAAGAGGAAGAGAGGAUGCUUUUUGAGGAUGAGCUGGAUCAGGACACUGACAGUCACUAUGGGAACACUGUCUUCUCUUUCUCUGACAUCAAGCAGCAUGAAGUUGACUCCGAAGGUCAAAAGAGUGAUGCCAUUAAAGGCGUACCCCAACGACUGCCACAAAGUCCAUUCACAGUGUCACGCUGGCGUCAGUUCUGGUUUGCACCGGUCACUUCUUUUCUGGGCAACGUCCUGAUGUACUUCCUGUUUCUCUUGCUUUUCGCCUACGUGCUGUUGGUGGAUUUCAAGCCCCCACCCCCCUCAGGUCCAGCUGCCACUGAGUGUGUGUUGUACUUCUGGGUAUUCACCCUCGUUUGUGAGGAGAUCCGACAGACGCUGUUUUUGGGGACGACCUGGAGUCAAAGUUUCAGACUCUACAUUCAGGAUGUGUGGAAUAAAUGUGAUCUCACUGCCAUCAGCCUGUUCAUUGUCGGACUGAUUUGCAGGAUGUUCCACCGGUCACAUGAAUUUGGACGAGAUGUCCUGUGUUUGGACUACAUGGUCUUCACACUUCGCCUCAUUCACAUUUUUGCCAUUCACAAGCAGCUGGGACCAAAACUCAUCAUUGUAGGAAAUAUGAUGAAGGAUGUCUUCUUCUUCCUCUUCUUCCUGGGCGUGUGGGUCUUGGCGUACGGAGUUGCCAAUCAGGCUCUGAUCUACAACUAUGAUCCAAAUCCAAAUCGCAUUUUUCUGAGAGUUUUCUACAUGCCAUACUUGCACAUCUUUGGAUACGGCUCUUCCAUCGAGGAAGAGAUGGAUGUGGGACGGGUACUAAACUGCACAGACAAUGUGACUUUGAUUGAGAGCGGUGAAGAGCCGUGUAGAAAUCAGGAUAGUAACUGGCUGGUAGUGAUUCUGCUAGUCGUAUAUCUCCUGGUCACCAACAUCCUGCUCAUCAACCUAGUCAUUGCCAUGUUUAGCUACACUUUCUCUGAAGUGCAGGAAGACAGUGACACCUACUGGAAAUUCCAGCGUUACAACCUGAUUGUUGAGUACCACUCCCGUCCUUCUUUGGCUCCGCCUUUCAUUAUCCUCUCACACAUCAAAGUCUUUAUCAAGAGGAUCAUCCACAAAGUGCCCUCUGUAAAGAUCCACCACUUUGUGUUAGACUUGGAAGCAAAGGCAGCGAACAGAUUAUCAACAUGGGAAACGAUUCAGAAAGAAGACUUCCUGACUGCUCGAAACAAGAUCCAGAAAAGCAGCGACUCAGAAAGGCUCAAACGGAUGUCUGCAAAGGUAGAUGAUGUGCUUAAACGUCUGACUGAAAGCAAAGAGUUUGAACACAGACUACAGGCUCAGAUGGAGCAAUACUCAACUGUCCUCAACUGGGUUGUGGAUACUUUAGCACAAGGAAGUACAGUCAAACCUCCUCGUGCCCUGCCUGUGUUACGAGAUGAGUCUGAAGGUAAAGACACAAAGGACAACCAAGGUGACUCAGAUGAAGAGAAGGGAGCUGCUGACACUCCACAGUUCCACUCUGGAUCGUUGUGUAGUGUUUGCUCCAUUUGUGAGCAUUGCUCUAAUAACUGUGCCAAGUGCCCGUGUGAGGAAGGAGAUGAGUCUGAUCACUGCGAGCACUGCCAAGGUUGUUCAACCUGCUACAUUUGUCCCAUUCUUUGUGACACAGUUUGCACACCGGGUGGUUUUGUUGAUGAGCUGACUGGAUCCCUCUUUCAGACUGUUGCCUCUCUGCUCUGAGCUCCCUGGGAAUUAUGUCCGUUUGCUUUAAUGUGGAACUGCUCACCAGACUUCACCACAUCCCACACAAGCUUUUUAUGAAUUUUG